UUCUGCAUUUUGUUUUUUCUGCACAGCAACUCUUUGUUCUCAGUAACUGGUACUGAAAAAAAGACUAUUCCUCCAAUGAUGGAACAUGUGAAAGCACAAAAAUGCACUCCAUUCCUCCCUGGAUUUAAGUACUGCAGUGCCAUACAAUACUCAGCCUUUUCCAGUGAUGCCUCUCCCUACUUCCCCUUGACUGGUGACAGCAAAUUUGCCAUUGAGAUCCACCCCACUGGUGAGGUUUCUGCAUACACAACUACAGUUGACUAUGUGUAUGAAGACAAGGUUGACAUGGUGACUUUUGGUCUGAAGGCAGAAGGAACAUCGUUUGAGGGCACAGCAAAACUGAUGUUUGACAGACAGAAAUACAGCGUCUCAGCUGAUCUCCAGAUUCCUGACUAUGACCUUGAAGCUGGAAUUCGGGUUCAUUCUAUUGACCGCAGCACAGAGAGCAGGGCCACAAAUUCCAUUCAGAUUGACUUCAUCAACAAAAAUAUACCUGAGGCAUCUCUAGUUGCCCUUGCUUAGAUAGAGUCAAUGAAGGAUGCCAUGCUGCAGGUUCAGCUGCUCAUUCCUCAUUUUCAGACUGAUGCUAAAGUAACUGCACAACUGAAACAUGCUGAGGGCCUCACAGUAGAGCUUGAGAGUGACCUUAGGCUCCCUGAGACAACCUCCUCUAUUCAGAAAGUCAUUCUGAAAUAUGAUGCGGAGAAGAUUGAGGCUGAGGUCACUUCUGAUGUCAGCACCGAGAUUCACAACAAUAUUCAUAUUGAUGCCAUCAAAGCCACAGUCAGUGACCUGCUUGACCAGCAGAUUGGAAUGUCUGACAUGAAGAUCCGUGAUGCCUUGAUCCAAUCACUUGAGGCCUCAAAUGCCUACCUGGAACAAUUUGCCACCAACAUCCCAUAUAUCCAGGGCAUUAGGAUUCCUGCCUUCCCAGAAUUCACUGUCCCCAAGAAGCUGUUCCUGAAGGCUGAGGGUUCUGCUAAAUACAAGUUUGGCCAGAAUUAUUAUACCAUCUCCAUUCCUAUUCCUCUUGGUGGGAAAUCUUCUGGAGAUUUCAACUUCCCUGCUGCCUUGAAUACACCAAAGCUGGAAGUACCUCAGCUUGGCCUGGAAGUUGCUUCCAUUAGCAUUCCUCUUCCAGAGGUCUUUGUUCCUGAGAGUCUGUCUGUGUCACUGCCUCACUUGGCAAAAGCAGAGGUGUCCAGCAAGCUGAGCAGCAACUUCUACAACAUGGAGGCAACAGCUUCUGCUGGCAGGGAACUUGUUGAGAAACCAAGCUAUUCUGCCAUGUUUGAAGUCAUUGGAACUAGCCCAGUGGAUCUCCUCUCCUUCAAAGUGGAAGGAUCUGCUUUAGUGGAAGACACACCUGGGGAAUAUUUGAGGGCUGAGAUGAAAUCCUUUCUUGAUCACAAGCUAAUUGAAGCCAGUGUUAAUUAUGUUGAGGAAAUGACAACUGCCGAAAAAAUCAAAUUUAAGUCAAGCAGUAAGAUUGAGGCAAACAGUCCCUUGGAUUUGAAGAUUUCAUUGGAACACACAGGCCAGUUUGGAGUCAAUAAGGAUGAGAUCUCCGGAGACGGUAAUCUGAUGGGCUCCAUCAAGGCUGGCCCUCUGAAUGGAACAGUUGCUCUCAGGCAGUCACUUAUCCUACUCCCAUUUAAGCCAGAAGCGAAAAUUGAUUCCUCUCUGAAAGUAAACUCAGAACAUUUCCAGGCAGAGAAUACAAUUGAAGCAGUUUUUACCAAUGGAGAGCUCACUGUUAUAUCAAAAACUACUGCAUUAGAGAACACUCUGAUGCAUGAUGCUGAAGUUACCUAUACAGGGUCUCUACUUGCUCUGAAGUCAGAUACAAGGGCAAAAAUUCUCAGUCUGAACAUCCGAAAUGUAGCUGAGGCUAGUGCUAGUCCUGAUUUGGUCAACAUUAAGAUUGACACUAAUGCCGAUCUGUUUGCUGGGGUUGAAAAUCAUAUCCAUUCCCAGUUUAUAGCAACACUGGAUGCCAAUGGACUGGAUGUAAAAAGUGAUGCCUCCGCAAAUCUGACCGAACAGACAGCUUCCCACAAGUGCAGCCUAUCUCUGACCAGGGAUGGCCUGACCACGAGUGGCACAACUUCACUGGAAAGCUCUCUCGUCCCUUUGACACUUGAGAACAAAUUCAGUGGAGCCCUUGACACUUCAAAGCUUUCCUUGUCAGCUGAGACGAAGGGUAAGUUUGAUGAAAUGAUAAUUAAAAAUACAAAUUCUCUGUCUGGAUCUCUGUCCUCGGUAGCAUUCAAUUCUAUAAUGGAUGUUAAAGAUGAUGUUGUAACUUAUAAGCAUGACAUCUCCAUUCAGAUUGAACCAUAUAGUACUUCAGUGACAAUCCACAAUAAUCUGCAUGUUCUGGACAUCACUGUGGUUAAUGAUGUCCAGUUUAAGGCACAUCCAUUCACAGCUGACUUGAAUGGCAGAUGGAAGCUUUUCUCUGGUGAUGAUGAACUGAAGCAGACAUACGAGAUGAAAUAUCAAGAUCUGGUUUUCACUGCCAAGUGUGGUUCUACUGGAAAACUUAUGGGAUCUCACAUGAGCCACAACACAGAAAUCGAGGUUGCUGGACUUUCAGUCACAUUCAGCAGUGAUGCACUUUUAAAUUCAGAGUACUUACGCUUCAAUGGUAACUUUCAUGCCACUGCUGUUCCCUUCAGAUUCAGUGUUGAUGCCAUGGCCAAUACAGAUGGUGAUUUGCAUCUGUAUGGAAAACAAAGCGCACAAGUUUACACAAAAUUUCUUAUGAAGGCAGAACCACUGGCUCUUGCACACUCACACGAAUGCAAAGUCUCAACAGCUCACAAUUUGGACAAUGGUCUAUCAAUUGAAAUCAACCUCGAUAAUAAGAUUGAUACUGUGCUGACACCAUCUAAGCAGCAGGCCACAAUGAGACUGAAAUCUAAAGUCAACAACCAUUUGUUUAACCAAGAUGUGAGUACUUACAUCAACCCUGAAAGACUUGGAGUAGAAGCGUCUGGAUCCAUCAUCACAAACCUCUUCAACAGAGUUGAUGCUGACAACCAAGACCACUUUUUCUCAGCCUUCCUAAAAUAUGAUAAAAACACUAACAGCCUGCCAUUGAUUCAGACAUUUCCUGUGGACCUGCAACAUAUCAAAAUGACAAUUUUAAGGAUUGCUGAGGCCAUGCAGUAUUAUAUAAACAGAGAAGACAUCAUUGCAGAGAUUCAGAACCUAGCUAAGUACAUAAGUGCUCUGAUUCACCCGAUUCGAUUGUGA